UGACGGUGGGGCGCGCCGGCCGCGCACCAGCACGACCGGCGGAGGCGGCCAGGCAGCGGGAGCGGUGCGGGGUUACUGCAGCAGAGCAGUGAUACCGGAGCUGUCUGUGAACUCUGAAAAAGGCCACCGGCAGAGACCGGCGGAGGAGACCGCUGCGAGCGCAUCGAGUGAAGCCACCUGAGGAGACCGGAGCUGCUGAAGGAGACCGCAGCUGGCCGGAGAUUGUGACUCGUGGUGGAGACCGGGGCUGACUCUCGUGCUGGUACGACCUCGAGCGUGACGCCGGGAGGACGCCGGACCCACGUCCCGCCGAUUGAUCAAACGCCCUCCGCGCGGCGGCGGCGACGACGACGGAGGCGGCAGUGUGAGACCAUGUCGGCUCAGGCUGGCAGCGUGGAGGGUCUGGUGGUGGCCCUGGGACAGCCAGGCCGUUACCAGGUGCUGGUGAUGGUGCUGCUCUGCUUCAACUACGUGCCCGUGUCGGUGAACCACCUGCUGAUGGCCUUCCACGGCUUCACGCCGGAGCACAACUGCCGUCUGCCGGACAAUUGGCCUAGGAACGUCAGCCUGCCGACGUCGGCUCCCUCUCAGCGCAGGCACCACGCAGUACCAGCAGUGCACCAUGUAUAUUGAGCCGACCAAUCACAGCUGGGGAACGAAAGAGUGCAUCUAUGGCUACGAGUUCCACGUCGAUGGUCUGGAAUGGACAGUUGUGUCCGAGUGGGGCCUGGUCUGCGACCGGCGCUACCUGGCCCGCCUCAUCACCACACUGUACUUCGCCGGUGUGACAGUCGGAGGCCUGGUGUUCGGCGCUCUGGCUGACAGGUUCGGUCGGCAGCCCAUGAUGCUGCUCUGCCUGUACGUGCAACUGAUCCUCGGGGCCGGUCUCUACUUCGUGCGGCGGCUCAUCAUCUUCAUCAGUGUCCGCGUCAUGCAGGGCUUCUUCCUUCAGGGGCUGCAGACCACGACCUACACCCUGCUGAUGGAGCUGUUCUCGCCGCGGUACCGCACGCUGGCCGGCGUGGCGGCCGAGGUGUUCUGGGCCCUGGGGCUGAUCCUGCUGGCCAUCUGCUACUACUUCGUCCAGCACUGGCGCUAUGUUCAGCUGGCCAUCAGCAUCCCCACCCUCGUCACGCUGCUGUACAUCUGGCUGAUUCCUGAGUCGCUGCGCUGGCUCAUCUCGCGGGGGCGGGUACGCCGCGCGCGCCUGGUGACCGAGCGUAUCGCCUACUACAACGGCCUCCGCCUGAGCGGCGACCUGCUGCAGCAGCUGGAUAAGCUGUGCCAGACGGUGGGCGGCCAGGCGUGCCACAGCUACGACAUCCGUGACCUCUUCCGCACGCCCGCCAUCCGCCGCAACUCGCUCGUCCUCUUCUUCGUCUGGUUCACCGUCUCCCUGACGUACUACGGCGUCUCCCUCAACAUAUCAGACCUCAGCGGCAACCGCUUCUUCAACUUCAUGCUGGGCGGGGCGCUGGAGCUGGUGGCGUACCUGCUGACCUACCUGAGCCUCCGGCUGGUGGGCCGACGCACCUGCGUGGUAGCCUACUUGCUGCUGAGUGGUGCCCUGCUGAUCGGCACCGUAGCCGCCCGCCGCCUGCUGCAGACGGACCUGAUCGACGUGCCGUCGCUGGUGACGAGCCUCACGCUGCUGGGCAAGGCCAGCGCGGUCAGCACGUUCUGCUCCGUGUUCCUGCUGAGCUCCGAGCUGUUGCCCACCGUUGUCCGGUCGUUGGCCAUGGGCGCCUGUAUGUCAUGGGCGCGCAUCGGCGGCCUGGUGGCACCUCAGAUCCUGCUGCUGGGUGACCUGACAUACACGUGGCUGCCGUUCCUGCUGUUCGGCUCGCUGGCGCUGCUGGCCGGUUUCGUGGCGCUUGUGCUGCCGGAGACGGCGCGCCGCUCCCUGCCAGACACGCUGCAGCAGGCCGAGCGCAGCAGCAAACAGGACGCCGACGAGAUCGUCAGCGACGUCGGCUACGGCAACUCGCCGCGCUGGAUCGUGCAGGACGGCUUGAUCGUCAGCCGGCCGUCGGACGAGACAGGCCCGCACGGUGGCGACCGGCGCUGGCGCUCGCCAGAGACCUCUGCCGACGAGUUCGACAAACACUCUGACUCGACGACGCCGGUAGAUGGCAGUGCACCACUGCGGUUCCUUGUCAACGGCGAGCCGACGACGGUGCACAACGAGGUGUACGCCUACAAGCAACACAUAGUGCUCUGUGAUAUUGACGAGACGAGACUGUAGGAGGACAGAGAGCUCGACGUCGAGACACGGCCCGCUUGUACCUUCGCUUUCACCGCUCACCCGCGGUGCGCUUCACAGGCUGCUGAGGGGAGGCGGCCUUUCGCUCAGCCUCUGACGCGCAGUGCCGCCAGCAAACCCGGCCGUGGUCCGUGAAAUAUGCAGUGUAUUAUCCGAUGAUGGUGUGAUAUAUAUAUACCUAUAUAUA